GCCGAAUCCUAUCGGUUGUACCCGUGUUCAUUGCCAAGCUCGAGGGCUCCAACAUCUCCGGUACCGCCAAACUUCGGAGAAAUGUUGCCCUACAUUCGGUGGUCAAAGAUAUUGACGUCUUCACUGCGUCGCCCCACCAACUAAGGGAAGCAGAACGCGGGCCACGUUUAGACAGGCAGCCGCUCAAGUCGGGGACAUCCAGCUUCACAGAGCAGGACAUCAACUGUGCCAGCAAGGUUCAAGAUCAUGCCUUACAUACCGAGUUGUUCAGACAUUUCGACAUAGUCUUGUACGGUGUACCACCCGAGAGGCUGCUCAACCUGACGAUGGGCCUGCCGAGGGCCCACCAGAAGUUGAGGAGCAGUGUGCGUACCAAGCUGCUGACCAGCAUGUUGAGCAAACCGUUCAUAAGCUUGCCAAGGACGUGCAAGGUGACAGUUCUGAACAGCAGCUUCCUGACCCUGCCUUUCAGCAUGAUUGUGCUGGGGCAACUCAGCCUGAGUGCGUCGAAGGUGGUUCUGAUCCUUCUGACCUUUUCGAUGCUGCCGAUGGUGCAACUUGGGAUCAGUAUGAAGAAGCCGCUGAUAAUGUACAUCCAGGUAUUCUCCCUGGGCAUGCUGGGCAUGCUGAUUGUCCUGCAGGCGUUGCUGAAGCCGUGCCUCACGACCUACAUGGUGGUCAUGUUGAUCGUUCGGAGGUUGACGGUGGCUGCCAAGGUGAUCUUCCCACAGAACGGCCCCGCGAUGAAGGGCGACAGUUCCGAGUUGGAAGUAGAGCACGUGAUCGACACAGAGACGCACGUCGAGUCCCAGCCUUGGCUUCGUGGGCCGUUGAACUACCACGUGCAGCUUGAGGAACGCGGAAAGAACAAGAAGUUGCUAGAAAUCCUUGGCACCUUGGCGUCUCACCGUGUUGUUGUGUUGGUCAAGUCCGAGAGGAAGGCUUCCGCUCUUGCCAUGGUGCUCGAGAAGUGCAAUUUCCCGUCGAUUGCAAUACGUUCUCGCGCGAGUCAAGAGGACCAACUAAGCAGGCAGUAUCGGGAGCCUGACAAGUGCAUCAUAGUCUGCACCAAUUUGGUCGGCAGUGGCAUGGACGCAGAGAAGAUGAAUGCCAUCAUUAACCACGACUUGCCUGCUGAACUUGAUUAUUACUUGCAUUGUGUGGGGGGCUGGGAGAGUAGUUCAAUCAUUGGCCUGGUGAUUGUUUUUUCGGCUACUGCCAGCGAUGCCGAGGUUCUGGCUACAAUCCAGCAUCGGCUUCAGGCCAACUUCUGCGAGUUGGCCUCUGAUGGUGGGGUCGUGUUGCAGGGCAUCGCGAAUGUGUCUGCAGGCAAGCAGGCUUCUGCAUAA